CCCAGUUCGAGUCCGCCAUACUUGUUCAGCAUACAAGUAGAGAGGCGCAUCCUCUUCCUUGCCUCUCUAGGGUUUGUGCCGACGCAUUUUACUGUGCAGAAAGACGAAGUGGUUUAGCUGAGGGAUUCUUCAUCGAGCUUAAGACCUGAAGCAAUGAUAGACUCUUUUCCUGAGGAAAUCAGCCAUGAUAUCCUAUCCAGACUACCUAUUAAGUGUUUGAUCAGAUGCACCUCGGUGAGCAAGCCAUUGUUGUCCAUUAUCAAAAACUCUGGUUUUAUUCGCGCCCACCUCAGACGUAGAAAUGAGACUCUACUUCUACUACAUAGCAGGUGCUACAGAGCUUCCACGCAUGAGGGAAUAGAAGAGGUUUACCGUUUGCAUUGUGAUAAUCCUGCUUUUGAUGAGUAUUGUAGGAUAGAUUUUCAAGUUGGCCGCAUGGUAGACCCGAUAAAUGGGCGUUUCCGUGUGGCUGGCAUUUGUGACGGGCUAGUGUGCCUUGCGGAUGAUUUAAUGUCUAAAGCUUUAAGCUACAUAAUAUGGAACCCAUCAAUAAGAAAGGCAGUGACGCUUCCCCGGCCUGGUUUUACGUUCGCCACUCAUGGUUCUUUUGAAGAUUCUAUUGGGUUCGGGUUUGAUGCUACGACCAAUGACUACAAGGUUGUUCGACUUGUCACUCUUGAAGAUCUUGUAGAUGAAGAUGUGGAAAAUCGAACUGUAGCUGAGGUUUAUUCACUAGCCACAGGCUCGUGGAGAAGUCUUGGUUCUGUUGGUCUUCCGUGCCAAAUAUUUUGUAUAAGACCGCAUGCUUUCUUCAAUGGGAACAUUCAUUGGGUUGUUCAUGCUGUUGCUUCCUUCUAUUUCAUUUUGGCAUUUGAUCUUGUUAGUGAGUCAUUUCGCAAGAUAUUGAUACCAAUUGGUACCAAAUUGGGCUUCAAUUCUCGAGUUUCUGUUACAGGAGAUGGGAAAUAUCUUGCUUUGUUCACGUGGUAUAAUGAUAAUCAUAUUAGUUAUCUUGAUAUUUGGGUUAUGAAAGAGUAUUGCCAGCAGGAGUCCUGGACCAAAAUGAUAACUCUCGCUCCACAAGGUCCAGAAGGAAGUGUGCGCCCCAAGCCAUUUUGUUUUAGAAAGAGCGGUGAAGUAUUUUUGGAACUAAGAGAACCAGAUUUCUAUUGUCGAUAUCAAACAUUAGUUUCACUUGACCCUGUGAGUCAACAAAUGAACAAUGUUGAUAUUCUUGAUUGUGAGUGUUAUUCUCUUGAUUCUUAUGAAGAGAGUCUUGUGUUACUCGACGUGGAAAAUGCAGUUUCCUGUUGAGAAAAAGAACAGGCCAGGUGUCAAUUGGGAGCAGAGAAAUCUAAUGACCUUUGGGCUAGUAUGUGUUGUCUGUAGCCGUGGGCUGUGAAAGUUGCUGCUUGGAUUUGCAUUUUUAGUUAUCAGGUGUUUUUUUUGCCCUUAAAUCUCUUAAGUCACUCUAUCUGAGUGGCUACUAGUUUAACCUUAUCCUACUGAUCGACUUGCCUUGUGAGUUAUGAUGAAUCUACUCUAUCAAAAUUUGCAAUGGUAUCUUUGUUAUGUUCCUAUUAAGAACGAACUGCUUUUUGUGUACAUGUGCAUGUUGUUGUGGCGUAUUCAAAUCACUCAUUGUUGAAACAGACA